AUGCCCAACAUCCUGCGUGUGAAGGGCUCCAUGGAGCUGCAGCCCCCCAACGUCCCGCACAGCGGCGUGGCGGCCGUGGUCAUCGUCUGCACCAUGGGGGCCAUGGACGUCUACCUGGUGGAGCAGAGCGUGGGGCCCCGCCGGCUGGGCGUGGGGGCUCUCGCCCUGGCCGGGGACCUCUUCUUCCUGCUGGUGCUGCGCUACGCCACCCUGUGGGUGGGGGGCGAGGCCCGGCCGGCCCAGCGCGGCUACGCCAUGGUGCUGUGGUUCCUCUUCGCCUUCGCCCUGGAGGUCAAGCUCUACUUCAUCUACCAGCACUACGCCACGGAGGGGCGGGCGCCCGACCCGCUGGCCCGGCGCACCCUGACCCUCCUGCUCUCCGUCUGCAUCCCCGCGCUCUACACGGUGCUGGGCGCCACCGAGCUCGUGGCCCAGGCCGCCGCCAGCUUCCGCAAGAAAGACGAGCUGCGGGGCCGCCUCUUCUGGGUGGUCCUGGACCUGCUGGACGUACUGGAGAUCCAGGCCAGCCUGUGGGAGCCGCAGCGGCGGGGGCUGCCCCUGUGGGCCGAGGGCCUGACGUUCUUCUACUGCUACGGCCUCCUGCUGGUCCUGCCGUGCGUCUCGCUGAGCGAGCUGGGCGUGCCCGGCCCCCGGCCCGGCCCGCUCUACCCGCUGCUGAGCCUGGCCAGCGUCAACGUGGCCACCAUCUUCAUCCGCGGAGGGCUGCUGCUGCUGUGCCGUGAGCAGCGCAUCUCCUCCAUCUUCAUGGGCAAGAACGUCCUGGCCAUCGCCCUGAAGUGCUGUGCUGCCACGCAGCACCACAGGGGCGCCCAGGCCACCAGGGGAGCCAGCCACGGCCGCGCCAAAGGCAGCCAGCCUUCUCAGCACAGCGGGGGGCUCUGCGCGCACGUCAGAACCCCAGGGGAAGUGCGUCACGGACAGGCUAUGGCUGACUGGCCCCACGGAGCUGCUGUGACCACGGGCGAACAGCCUGACCGGUGUACCGCAGGGGAGCCACCACAGGGACACGCCCAGGCAAUGGCGGACGUGCCCCACAGGCUCCCUCAGGCCCCAGGCGGGCGGCCCGACGGCCCCAUCCAAACCAGGGCUCAGCAGCACCACAGACACUGCUCUCACCAUUCCCAACACUCGCCGAGACCUCCAGCUGCUGCCGCCGGCCCCUCCGCUUCCAGAGGGCUCCGUACAGGCCAUCGUGUCCAGCUCAAGUCUGUGUGGGGCGGCCCGUGA